AUGACAACACGAAUACAUCGUUUAUGGCAACCGUCAAAUCCUCAAUUCCGAGUGUUUCUUCCGGAUUUCUGGGUGAAAGUUGUUGAAGCACCAACGUAUGGACGGAAACGGUUGCCGAAAAACUGUGUUAAAUUCGAAGUUGAUAAAAGGAUGUCAAGGCAUGAUGUACGCGAAUAUUUGGAAAAGAUCUAUCAACUUCCUGUACGAGAUGUUCGGAUCGAGGUAUAA